GUCUUCGUUCCGUUUCAUCCUGUUUCCGCUUGUGCUACCCUUGCUCAGCAUCAGAACAAGAUGAUGCUCUUGCAACGCCUGACCGCUGCGGUCUUGACGUUCACCGCCAUCGUCAAUGCAGCCACGAUACCGACAGGCACGCCCUAUCGAGCCAACGGCUACAUUGUCACGUUAUCAAGCACGAGUCCACUUGCAGCCUUCAUCACACAGCUCGAGAAGAUUAUCGCUCUGUUGCCCAAUUCAGGCAAGAUCACAGCCCAGUACGAUCCGUCUAUUCUUAAUGGCUUCUCUGGUCAGUUCAGCGGUUCUGUGCUCAACUUUAUCGCCUCUUCGCCUGCAGUCGCCAGCAUCGAGAUUGACGGUAUCGCGCGAACGUCAGCCAUCACUCAGCGCAACGCAGACUGGGCACUAUCUCGUCUCGGGCAGAAGGCAAAGCUGGCUCAGCAGAACGAUGCAUUGACGAAUUUCUCGUACACCUAUAACGCCAGUAGUACAUCAAUGGCGACACCAUGGAUUUGGAUCAUCGAUACUGGAGUCCGAACCACAGACACUGAUUUCGGCGGCCGUGCAAAGUUCGUCACUCAAUAUGGAGGCUAUAACCUCACAGACGGCAACGGUCAUGGCACUCACUGUGCAGGCACGGCAGCUGGCACUCAGUGGGGCGUCGCCAAGUCUGCUCAAAUCAGAGCGAUCAAAGUACUGAGCGAUAGCGGCUCAGGUGCGAUCAGCGACAUCAUCUCGGGCAUCAGUUACGUGGCACAGCAAUACAAGGCUUCAAAAGCAAAUCCGUAUGUCAUCAAUCUAUCCAUCCAGGCCAGUGUCAGCACAGCUCUCAAUAAUGCCAUCACACAAGCCAUCAUCGCCGGAGUGCAUGUCGUUGUAGCGGCUGGGAAUAGUGCGGCAGACGCUUGUCAAUAUUCGCCAGCGUCAGCUACUUAUGCCAUCACUGUCGCUGCCACAGACAUCACAGACAGUCAGACUUACUACUCGAACUAUGGCAAGUGUGUCGAUCUCUUCGCGCCUGGCACAGACGUCACAUCGACAUGGUACACCAGCGACAAUUCCACACAAGUGCUGAGUGGCACGAGCAUGGCAACUCCUCAUGUGGCAGGAAUGGUAGCAUAUCUGCUGCAGCAGCCUGGCAGAAACGUAUCCGUUGUGGCCAUGCCCACGUUGCUGAAAAGCCUGAGCACAGCAGGCGCGGUGCAAGGCAUCAGUCCGAAUACUACGAACAUCUUGCUACGAAAUGGCAGUCCGUCUUAGUUCACAUACGUAUAGAGGGUGUAGGAUAGGUCCGUGCAUGCAUAAUUUAUGAUCAUC